GGGAGGCGGCGCGGGACGCGGCUGGCUGCGGAGCGGAGCGCGGAGCUCGCGGGCAGCGGCGUGCGGCCGCGGGCAGCCGGCGCCAUGCUGAACAACCUGGCCGACUGCGAGGACGGCGACGGCGGCGCCAGCCAAGGCGAUGGCAACCCCAAGGAGAGCAGCCCCUUCAUCAACAGCACGGACCUGGAGAAGGGCAAGGAGUACGAUGGCAAAAACAUGGCCCUCUUCGAGGAGGAGAUGGACACCAGUCCCAUGGUCUCGUCCCUGCUGAGUGGGUUGGCCAACUACACCAACCUGCCACAGGGCAGCCGGGAGCAUGAGGAGGCUGAGAACAAUGAUGGUGGCAAGAAGAAGCCAGUGCAGGCCCCACGGAUGGGCACCUUCAUGGGUGUCUACCUGCCCUGCCUCCAGAACAUCUUCGGAGUCAUUCUCUUCCUACGCCUCACCUGGGUGGUGGGAAUUGCUGGCAUCAUGGAGUCCUUCUGCAUGGUCUUCCUCUGCUGCUCCUGUACAAUGCUGACUGCCAUCUCCAUGAGCGCGAUUGCCACCAACGGCGUGGUGCCAGCUGGUGGCUCCUACUACAUGAUCUCACGCUCCCUGGGACCUGAGUUUGGUGGAGCUGUUGGGCUCUGCUUCUACCUGGGUACCACCUUUGCUGGCGCCAUGUACAUCCUGGGCACCAUCGAAAUCUUGCUGGCCUACAUCUUCCCAGCCAUGGCCAUCUUCAAGGCAGAGGAUGCCAGCGGGGAGGCAGCAGCGAUGCUCAACAACAUGCGUGUGUAUGGCACCUGCGUGCUGACCUGCAUGGCCACCGUGGUCUUUGUGGGGGUCAAGUAUGUCAACAAGUUUGCCUUGGUCUUCCUGGGCUGCGUCAUCCUCUCCAUCCUCGCCAUCUAUGCCGGGGUCAUCAAGUCUGCCUUCGACCCGCCCAGCUUCCCGAUCUGCCUCCUGGGCAACAGGACCCUCUCCCGCCAUGGCUUUGACCUCUGCACCAAGAUGGUGGUGGAAGGGAAUGAGACGGUGGGCUCCAAGCUGUGGGAGCUUUUCUGCACCUCCCGCUUCCUCAAUGCCACCUGUGAUGAGUACUUCACCAUGAACAACGUGACCGAGAUCGAAGGCAUCCCUGGGGCUGCCAGUGGCCUCAUCCAAGAGAACCUCUGGAGCUCGUACCUGACCAAGGGCGUGAUCGUGGAGAAGAGAGGGCUGCCCUCUGUCAGCGCCCCCGACACACCGGUGGACAUGGACCAGCCCUACGUCUUCAGCGACAUGACCUCCUACUUCACCCUGCUCGUUGGCAUCUACUUCCCCUCGGUCACAGGCAUCAUGGCUGGCUCCAACCGCUCCGGAGACCUGCGAGAUGCCCAGAAGUCCAUCCCCACGGGCACCAUCCUGGCCAUCGCCACCACCUCUGCGGUCUAUAUCAGCUCUGUGGUUCUCUUUGGGGCGUGCAUCGAGGGGGUUGUCCUGCGUGACAAGUUUGGUGAAGCCGUCAAUGGGAACCUGGUGGUUGGCACCCUGGCAUGGCCGUCCCCAUGGGUCAUUGUCAUCGGCUCCUUCUUCUCCACAUGUGGGGCCGGACUGCAGAGCCUCACAGGAGCCCCUCGCCUCCUGCAAGCCAUCUCCAGGGAUGGGAUCGUGCCUUUCCUCAGGGUUUUUGGGCAUGGCAAAGCCAAUGGAGAGCCAACAUGGGCCCUGCUGCUCACAGCCUGCAUCUGCGAGAUCGGGAUCCUGAUCGCCUCCCUGGACGAGGUGGCUCCCAUCCUCUCCAUGUUCUUCCUCAUGUGCUACAUGUUUGUCAACCUGGCGUGUGCCGUGCAGACGCUGCUGCGGACACCCAACUGGCGACCUCGCUUCCGCUACUACCACUGGACCCUGUCCUUCCUGGGCAUGAGCCUCUGCCUGGCACUGAUGUUCAUCUGCUCCUGGUACUACGCGCUGGUGGCCAUGCUGAUCGCUGGCCUCAUCUACAAAUACAUCGAGUACCGAGGCGCAGAGAAGGAGUGGGGUGAUGGCAUCCGUGGGCUGUCCCUGAGCGCUGCCCGCUAUGCCCUGCUGCGGCUGGAGGAGGGACCUCCCCACACCAAGAACUGGAGGCCACAGCUGCUGGUGUUGGUCCGCGGGGAUCAGGAACAGAAUGUGGUGCACCCACAGCUCCUCUCCUUCACAUCGCAGCUCAAGGCUGGCAAGGGGCUCACCAUUGUGGCCUCUGUGCUGGAAGGGACCUUCCUGGACAACCACCCACAGGCACAGAGGGCAGAGGAGUCCAUCCGCCGGCUGAUGGAGGCAGAGAAGGUGAAGGGCUUCUGCCAGGUGGUGAUCUCGUCCAACCUGCGCGAUGGCAUGUCCCACCUCAUCCAGUCCAGCGGGCUGGGCGGGCUGCAGCACAACACCGUGCUGGUGGGCUGGCCCCGCAGCUGGCGUCAGAAGGAGGACCACCAGACCUGGAGGAACUUCAUCGAGCUGGUGCGAGAGACCACAGCCGGGCACCUGGCCUUGCUGGUGGCCAAGAAUGUCGCCAUGUUCCCGGGCAACCAGGAGCGGUUCUCAGAGGGCCACAUCGAUGUCUGGUGGAUCGUCCAUGACGGGGGGAUGCUCAUGCUGCUGCCCUUCCUCCUGCGGCACCACAAGGUCUGGCGCAAGUGCAAGAUGCGGAUCUUCACGGUGGCACAGAUGGACGACAACAGCAUCCAGAUGAAGAAGGACCUGACCACAUUCCUGUACCACCUGCGCAUCACCGCGGAGGUGGAGGUGGUGGAGAUGCACGAGAGUGACAUCUCCGCCUACACCUACGAGAAGACGCUGGUGAUGGAGCAGCGCUCGCAGAUCCUCAAGCAAAUGCACCUCACUAAGAACGAGCGGGAGCGGGAGAUCCAGAGCAUCACGGAUGAGUCCCGCGGCUCCAUCCGGCGCAAGAACCCGGCCAACACGCGCCUGCGCCUGAACGUCCCUGAGGAGCAGGUGGGAGACGGCGAAGAGAAGCCGGAGGAGGAGGUCCAGCUCAUCCACGACAAAACCACCACCUUCUCCAGCAGCUCUCAGUCCCCUGGGGAUGAGGUGGAGACAGCCCCCGAGAAGGUGCAUCUCACCUGGACCAAGGAGAAGUCAGUUGCAGAGAAGAACAAGGCCAAGAGCCCUGUCAGCCCCGAGGGCAUCAAGGACUUCUUCAACAUGAAGCCGGAGUGGGAGAACCUGAACCAGUCCAACGUGCGGAGGAUGCACACGGCCGUGAAGCUCAACGAAGUGAUCGUGAAGAAGUCCCAGGAUGCCAAACUGGUCCUGCUGAACAUGCCAGGGCCUCCCCGCAACCGGAAAGGGGAUGAGAACUAUAUGGAGUUCCUGGAGGUGCUGACAGAGCACCUGGACCGAGUGCUCCUGGUGCGUGGUGGGGGCCGAGAGGUCAUCACCAUCUACUCCUGAAACCCGGCGUGCAGAGAGGUUGCGUGCACGCUGAGCCCUGCCACCCCUUGCACCGCGGCUGGAGGGAGGAGGGCAGGCCGGAUGGCACCGGUGCGCAGAAACUUCACCUGGCUUCGGCCGUGCCCCUGACCUCUCCAUGCGAACUGCAGCACCAGAUCUUCCGGGAGCAUCCAGCACCAGAGCAGCUGUCCCUCAUUGCAACAUCACAGCACUGCUGUCCUUGUUUGUACAUAAAUACAGACCGAGUGCCGCGGCUGCGCCGCCACCGCCGCCCGGCCCCAGCCCCGCCGCCCGCGGGCCCUGGCCAGGCAGGAUGUGGCUGUGCCGAGAUGGGCGCUGCGCCCUGCCGUGCCACCGCCCCUGCGUGGAGCUUGGCUGGACGCGACCGUGCCCCGUGCCCGCCUGCUGCCCGUGCCCUGCCUCCCCGCUGAGGCCCAGGGAGAAGAGAGAGGCCACCAGCACGACUUUUCUUGCCGGACGCUCCUCUCCCCACCUCUGGCAGUGCCCAGGGCUGCCUGCCGUGGAGCUGACCCCUGGCUGCCCCUCGCCACGAAGGACCUGGACAUCCACACCACGCUGCUGACUCAGUGCUGCCCGUCUCUGGAGGCCACAGGCCGAGCUUGCGGAGAUGCAGAGUGCUGGUUUGGAGGGGACAGGGGGCGGGGGGCAGUCCUAGGGGAGGUCCCACGACAGCAGCAGAGCUAGCCUGGGGUGGGUGGGUGCUCCCUGUCCCUCUUCCCAAUGACUCUGGGCUUGCUUUUCCCUGGCGCUCUCCUGGUGCUUGUGCCGUGGUUCUGGCCUGGAGCUGCGGUGCCCAGAGCUAAGCAGAGACCCCUCCUUGGCCACAUAGUGACCAGCUGGAGCUGCCUAGGGGUCGCUGACCACAUGAGGCACCGGUGCCUGCUCUUGGCACAGAUGAGUCCCAACCUGUCAUACCUCUCUCAGCUCCCCACCACUGCACUUGGGAACUGGGGGCCCUUAGGUCCCCAGCACUGGCCAGCCAGGCUGGUCCCAGCACUCAUGUGUGCAUCUGGGUCCCCCCAUGCCCCACGCUGCUCCCGCUGCUCCCCAGGGCUUCGCUGCUGGCCUGGCCCCAGCCCUGUAGAAUAGUCUGGAUCCCUGCGUAGUUUUUGAACAUAUGCAAAGUGUUUGCCUGGUCUGACAGGGCCAUACCCCAUGGCAAGGGGCAGCUGUAGGGGUCCUGCUGCCCCCCAGCACCAUGGCAUCCCCUCACUCAGCUGGCUAGGGCUCAGGCACUGGCCUCACAGCCAAUAGGGCAUGAAGCCUGCCUGCUUACGGCAGCCCCGUGUGAAGGCAACAGGGCACACAGGACAGCUCCAACACCUCCUACCUUCGGCAGCAGCUGCAGGGUCGCCCCCACCACCUCAUAGUUGCCUCCCUCUCCCCCCACAGCAUCUCUCAUGCCAGAGAAACUGGAGGAGCUUUUAACAAAUGUGAACGGUUCCAGGAACCAGGCAGGAGCGGUGCCACGGGCAGCCAGGGCACCCCCCGGGCAGCCAGGGUGCCCCCCGCCCCGGCCCCUGUACAUAGUGUACAUAAUACAGUCGUGUAUUUUUAAAGUGAUCAUAUUUAUGUUAAUAGAACCAGAUGAAGUCUAUAUAUAGAGAUCUAUAUCUAUUCUGAGAGCUGCAGGGCUCUGCUAGCACCGGGCCGGGGCAUGGAGAGCAGACACAGGCUGCUCCUGCACAAGCGGGCACCCAUCCACUGCCCACCCAAAGGCUGCAGCCUUCCCCAGCCACCAGCACCCCUGGGAAAGGGCCAGGCCACAGGUUCAGCCUCUUCUCAAUUUAGGAGUUUUCAGGGAAAAGAAGUCACAGACUAUUCUGAACUUGUUCCACAGCAGAUUUGAGCUUCCACUCAGAGUGCAGCCUGCUAAGAGUUGCCCUCUCCUGGCAGUGCUGGCUGCUCGGUGCCAGUCUGACUGAAGUGGCAGCACUCUGCCUCCAGCCAGAACCGAGCUCCUGUGCUGAAGCACUCCCCUCUGCCCCCCAAAGCCACCCACACCUCAGUGGGCACUACAUGACCUGCAGUCUCCCCAGCUGGAAUAGAGGGAGUGGUUACUGCUGCAGUCUCCCCACGGGCGGGCCUGGCCGGUGCCAGUGUCCAGCUGCUGCUGGUCCCUCCUACCAGCUGAGUAUGGCUCCCAAGAGCUGGGAAGUCCCUCUGCACUUCAGGCCCUGCUCCCUCUUCCACUCCUCCAGGGCCAGGCCAAAGCUACAUUUGGCUGCUUGGAUACAAGGCAGUGAGGCUUUUGGUGGUAGUUGGGUGUUUUUUUUGCUUUAAGAUACUCCUUGGACACUCGCCCAGACCAAAACCAAGUCCCAGCUGCACAUCUGUGCCUGCUCACACCUUGCUCCUACAUUGCCAUCCCUCCCAAAGUGCCUCCCUUCUCUCCAGCAGCAGACCCAGACCCAGACAGACUUUCUGCCGCUCGGCUCAGCUCCCUGCGUGGCUGCACUGCUCUGUGCCGCAGGCUCUCCUCAGGAAGUGAGUUCCAGGAGCAGGGCGAGCUCGGUGUUUGCAGAGGUACACAGGUACAGGGCAGCAGGAGUGGCACUGCAGGGCAGUGGGAACACAGCCAGGCAAGGCAUGCUUCUGCGCUGAAGGUUUCGCAUCACUGCCGCCCCAGCAUCCCCAGUGCAUCCCCACGCCCCUCUGCACCACUCUCACCCCCUCCCCGGUAAAGCCCAGUCCCAGCUCCCCCCGGGGAGCAGGCAGGCAGGCGAGCCCAGCCCAUCGCUGCUACCAAAAAAAAAAAGGCAUUCCCCUUCUUCAUCCUCCAGCAAGGGGCAGGGGCACAGCUCUGUCCUGCACCCCCUGCCAGGCAGUUUGCCUGUGGCAGAACGGUGGCAGCUCCGCAGCGAGCUCUCAGGCGGGGUGCAGAGGACCAGUCUUAGCAGACAGCACUGCAUGUUAGUUUACAAACCCAGCCCUGCACGUUCGGCCUCUGCGAGUGUUUGGUUUCCCCUGGAGCACCUUUCCGCCGUUCCACCCUGGUGAAGACAGCGUCCUCCUGCGGUCGUUGUGCGAGCUCCUCCCUGGCACAUGCGCAGGCAAGCUUUUGGUUUUCGUUCCAGACAGGAAGGUCUUGACCUCCAGGUGGGUUUUGCAGGCAGGCUGCUGCCGAGAGCAGAGCUGGGUGCCAGGGUCGUGGGCUGGCAGCGUGGCCUGCGGCAGGCGGGGAGCACACGGAACCACGGCCGGACGCCGCGUUGGUAUCCCUGCCGUGGGAGCACCGAGCUGCCCGCUCCCCCCGGCACAGGCGCAGCACCUCAGGGCACUGUGGCCACAAGCCAUCAGUCAGCACUCACAGGAGGUGCCCAGCCCAGCCUGGGCAGCUGCGGGUCCGUGGCUGGAUGGCAAGAAGGACGAAGGCACUGCACAAGGGUAGGAGUUGCACUAGAAGAGUCAAGACCCUCCUCUGUGUAGCAGGACUAAAACCCAGCAGCAAGCCCCCAGGGUCUGCUUGCUGCUGGGGACACCACUCCGCGCUCCACGUGCAAUAUCUGUUCUGAAUGUCCCCACAGUCGGCUCAGUCGAUGCUCUCCGACCCACCGUAGCUUAGAUGUUCUCCGUACAUUCAAGUGACUUUUCUUCCAGUGCAAUAUUUCAAUAGACAUGUAGUGACCUUAGUAACGCUUCCUGUGUUAGAGAAUCUGUGUGCAGAGCAAUGCAAUUCAGUUGAAAACCCCUUGUAAAUAAAACCAGGCUGGGAACCCAAAAAAAAAAAAAAAAAAAAAAAAAAAAAAAAAAAAAAAAAAGGAACCCCAGCCCCACCCCCACCCCCAGUAUUAAGCUUGCAUUUAAUUUCCGUGGGUGUUUGAGUAUCGUGUGUUAGGCCCCCAUGCAGCUCUGUGUUCUCUGUGCAGGUACCAAUGGAGGAGAGGCUCCUCGGCUGUUGAAUGCUCCCUGUUAAUGCUUUACUGCUUUACCUGUAUCCAUUUUUCUAGACUCCUGUCUGCACAAAAUGCAAUAAAUGAUUUUAUUACACCCUUCA